CUUUGCUCCCCCUUCAGUCACUGAUUGCCCUGGAUUCAUAGCCAUGUCGGACUAACCCUUCAGGAGAAGCAUUCAAUUCAGUUUAAUUCAAUUAACUUCAAUUUCCAGACUAACAGAUUUAAGCAUACCUCUUUUGCAAUGAGACUCAAUCUAAUCAUCCCAGCGGGGCUGAAGAGAUCUUGCUAGCCCAACCUACCCACCCCAGCCACCUUCUGGAACAUUAUUGGCUCACUGAUCAAUUAUAUGAGAACUGACUUCAUAGCUCUGCGUCCUCGAACAACGCAUCACUCACUCAUUCGGAUGUCUCCCAAAAUCUCAUUCCCCUAAAGACAUUCUUCUAGGCCAAACACCAUGCAUAGACCGUAUCUGCACCAUAACAAGACCAAAGAUGGCCAACGCCAGGUCUCUCCUCCCGGCCCAUCUUAUAUGUCCGAUAACCAGAUCGCAAGUUAUCUUAAGGACCUUCGGACAAAUCGACCAACACGUCCAGGCGGUUCGCGGCCGCUCCCUGCGAAGCCAUCUGAGUCAAUUCCUAAUCCCCGUGAAGACCUACCUCCACGGGCGGCAUCAGCAAUGUCUUCCUACUCGUCGAGGAUGCCGUCAACCACUUCAGCGGCCGAUAAGGAACGGCCCCGCGCCACCAGUUCCUUAUCUAACCAUCGCCCUACUUCCUCUCGAGGAUCCGUAGGGAGAUCGACUGGAAGACCGCUGGUGCAAGAGCCCACAAUGGUGCCCGUUCGAAAGAACGUCUCGCCAACACGAGCUUUCUCUCGCCCUAGCCCCCCGUCUCCGAAUACAGCGUAUCGUGAAAAUCAUCAACGUCGAUUUGAAAGGGAGGAGGCCCGGUCCUUGCGAGAUGCACUGCAGGAGAUGGAUAUCCAAGAUGACAUUCGCAUUCACCAUGCUGCCCAGGAUGAGGCCACGGAACUAGUUUGGAUGCACCAAAAUCCUGGGCUGGCCUUUAAAAAUCCAUAUGCGCCAUAUCGCAACCCUGAUAUAGAGAAGUCCAGUCCAAGAACGGAGAGAAGCAGCACUUUACAUACUCGCAACCUAGCUUCCAGAAGCCCCCAGCGGGAUAGUUACCGUCCAAUGUCAGACCACUUUCCAGAUUCACCCAGCAGACAUUCUGAGCAACAGCAACCUACCUUGGACGAGCAAAAUUCUAGCCCUAGAAAGAAUGACACACUACGAAAGAGCCUCAAGGUUGACUUUUCGUUACCCCAAGAUGGAAGCCCGUCAAAGAGAACAAGCAGCGGCUACGGCUUGGGCCUCGCGUAUGGCAGCAAUGAUUCGUCUAAGGGUGUCUUCCGAAACCCCAAUGACUGCAUAUAUGAAGAGCCUGGGGAGCCUCAGCGAACGGAUAAAGAUAAUCGUCCUGAUUUUUCGAGAUCUGAUUCAUCAGCCCUAAAAGUUAAACCGCGUAACUCCCUGCCUCGAGGCUCGCGGCCACUCUCUGGCCGAUUCAGCAGCCUUCCGUUCGUUGAUAAGCUGUCUCGUUUUGAGUUGCACAAACAUCCUCCAACUCAGUCAAGAAAGCCCGAGUACAAGAUAAACGACCCUCUUCCCCAGCCAAUUGCGGACAAUGAACAAGCCGUCCCAACAAAAGAUGGACUUGAAAUCCGAAGUGACGAUAUUCGAGCAGCCACAAGUAAAAAACUCAAAGAUCGGAGUACAAAGUUGCCCAUGCCAUCUGCUGUAAGUGAUCGCGUUGGUCGACCCAUUGUGAGCUUUGAUCCCUCCUGGAAGCCCACCGAGGCCCAAUCUCUGGGGAAAGGAAGCAAUGAUGGAACGCGUGAAUCAGUUUCACCAACACCUCCACCAGCAGCCGCAGCUCCUGAAAUUCAAGUGUCUGAAUCUCCUUCUAUCCCCGUGAUCAACCUACCAGAUGACAAGCCGCCUACUAUCUCUGAGAUGAGAGCGUCCACGCAAGACGAUAAGGAUAGCACCUCUCUCUCAACCUCGCCUAACCGCAGCCGGCGCCCAAAUCCAUUUCAGAGGAAAUCCCCGUCCUCAGUUAAGCAAAACCGUUGGCUAUCAACCUACAGUCGCGCUGGUGUUCCCACGGCGAAGUGCGAGUCCUGCACUCUUCCAAUCUCUGGAAAGAUUGUCACGGCUGCCGGGUCACGAUUCCAUCCCGAAUGUUUCAGCUGCCACCACUGCCAGACACCGCUCGAAUGCGUUGCCUUCUAUCAAGAGCCGGAAGCUAAACGCCAAGAACGAUUGGCAACCGUUUCAAAUGAUGAAGAGGCCCACUUGCUGAGGUUCUAUUGCCAUCUGGAUUUCCAUGAAAUGUUCAGCCCCAGAUGCAAGAGCUGCAAAACCCCAAUAGAAGGCGAAGUAGUUGUAGCGUGUGGCGCUGAAUGGCAUGUCGGGCACUUCUUCUGUGCCGAAUGUGGUGAUCCCUUUGAUCACGAAACUCCGUUUGUAGAAAAGGACGGGUUUGCAUGGUGCCUUCAGUGCCAUUCCCGGCGCACUGCUCCCCGAUGCUCCGGCUGUAAAAAACCAGUGCUAGACGAUGUUGUCAUCUCGGCAGUUGGUGGUCAGUGGCAUGAUGAGUGUUUUUCCUGUCACGAAUGCGGCGCUGGAUUUGGACCGGAUGGUCGAUACUUUGUCCGAGAAGGCGAGCCCAAAAGAACAGCAAAAGGCCGUAUCAUUGGUGGGCCGGUCCAGUUGCCUAUCUGCGAACGAUGCGAGGGCAUACGACUAAAGGCAUCGCCUUGAAUUCGAUAGGAGUCAAUUGCACAAAAAACUCCAAGACGCAGAACUACUUAGUGGUUACGAUAUGCAUGCUUAACGAAUUGUUAUCGACGUUUAAGGUAACUGUUGGAAGUAGAGUUCCACAUCUGUUUUCUUUUUUGGAUAUAUCAUUGCAUUCUUAUCAGGUUUAUCAACGGCGCAUUAACUACUGCAUAUGUAGCAAGCGGGAAUAUGUAUCGUCUUUAGGUCGUGUCUUCCAGUUGGUCUUAUGCCAAAUUAUUGUUUUCUAGAUGCCACCGAACUAUCUUAUGUCUUGUAUGGCCGGGGUCGCUUCUAAUU